AUGGGUAUUUCGGGCGACCAUGGAUCUCAGGGUCCAACGGUCGUGGGUAUCUGUCUGGCCUUUGCGGUCCUGACCUUUGUCGUCCUAGCGCUGAGACUCUUUGCGCGCAUCUACGUUCUGGGAAAGAUGGGUCUCGAUGACUACCUCAUCAUUGGAGCUUGCUGCUUAGCUUGGGCGUUUAUCGCUGCCACUAUCAUCGCCGUUGAAAAAGGACUCGGACAACACUAUAAGUAUACUGACAAAACCAAGCUUGUUGACUAUUCAUUUGUCGUAUGGUUGAGCUCAAUGUUCUACCUCGCAUGUCUCGGCUUCGUCAAAACAUCAGUGCUAUGGUUCUACACUCGCCUGGGAGACCGCUAUCUCACUCGUAUUUCAUACAUAAUGAUGGGAGUCAUUAUUUGCCAGGCCACUUCCUUCGUUCUCGUUGCGGCUUUCCAGUGCCAACCGAUCAGCAAGGCCUGGACCGGCGCUGCAGGCGGAAAAUGCGUUAACAUCAACAUCUUCUACCUCGCCAACGCUGCUCUGAACAUCUUGACCGACCUUCUCACCUAUACCCUCCCUAUCAGAGUCAUCUUCAAACUACAAAUGCCCCAAAAGCAAAAGAUCGCCCUCAUUUUCAUUCUCUGUCUGGGUCUCUUUGCCUGCGUCUCCUCCAUCAUCCGAAUCACCUACAUUCCUACUAUGCUCACUUCGGCCGACUAUACCUACGCCAUUAGCGGCGCAAUGUACUGGUCCGUCAUCGAGACCAACAUCGGCAUCUUCGCCGCCUCAAUCCCCUCCUUCAAAGCCAUCGCCUCACGCUUCCUGCCCCGCUUCAUCGGCGAAUACAGCAGCGGCCGCAAGUACGGCCCUUGGUCUGGUACUCCUGACGCACGCCGCUACGGCACCGGCUUCACCAAGGUCACCGAUCCGAACAACAUAACCAUGGGUACUAUUAACGGCCGGGAUGAUAUGACGAUGGGUACGCAGAUCGGAGCUACUAUGGCUGAUAACUCAAGUGAAGAGCGGAUUAUCGUUCCUGAUGGAAAGAUCUUUACGCACACGGAGAUUGAGACGACUGUUGAGUCCAAUCAUGAGUAUCGUCCGUCGAUGGAGCAGGCUCAUCGACCAAAGGGAAGCAUUUAA